CAAAUUUUGGAUUUUUAGUAGAAUUUCUAUACCCUUGGAGGACUUUGUUAUGCAAUUUUCUUCCCUAUAAAUGGCCCUCCAUACCUCAAAUGAGAUAUCAGACAAUUUAAAGAAGUACUAUUAACAUUUAGAAGAUUUCUUUCUUUCCCAGAUUCAUUGACAAUGGCGGAGCUUCUCUCAAACUGGUCAAGCACAUUAGAAGCAGUUCCUCCAAGUCAUUGCAUCCCAGUGCAUGAAAGACCAUCGGAUCCAGUUGAAAUUGUGGACACUAUUCCAGUCAUUGAUUUGGGAAAAGCUAAUGGUGAAGAACGAAGUGCUGUUGUUAAAGAUCUUUUGAAAGCUUUUGAAGAAUAUGGGUUUUUUCAGAUAAUCAAUCAUGGAGUACCCGUAGAUCUAAUGGAUGAAGCAAUGAAAGUGUACAAAGAAUUUUUCAGUCUGCCAGCAGAAGAGAAAGCAGAAUAUGCAAAGGAUGCAGCUAAUGAUACAAAUAGGGGUGCAGCUACACUGUACAGUAGCAGCGCUAAGCAUUAUGAUUCAGAGGAGCAUCGUUACUGGAGAGAUGUCUUGGAACAUAGCUGCAAUCUUGAUGGGAAAGACAAAAAAACUUGGCCUAGUAACCCUCCAAGAUAUAGGGAGGUUAUUGGUGCAUAUGGAGAUGAAUUGAGAAGGGUGAGCAAAGUUAUCUUGGGUCUGUUAGCUGAAGGGCUAGGUUUGGAGGCAGGGUUCUUUGACACAGAACUUGGGCAGAGAAUGCUUGUGAAUCACUAUCCAGCAUGCCCAGAUCCAAGUUUAACCUUGGGAGUUGGUGGACAUUGUGAUCCUAAUCUCAUAACCAUUAUCCAACAAGAAGUGUAUGGUCUUCAAAUAUUGAAGGAUGACAAAUGGAUUGGUGUGCAGCCUAUCCGCAAUGCAUUUGUGGUCAAUUCUGGUUUACCAAUUACGGUAGUUAGCAAUGGAAAGCUAACUAGUGUUGCACAUCGUGUGGUGACAAACACAACUCAUUCACGAACCUCCAUUGGUACUUUUAUUUGCCCACACGAUAUUGUUGAACCUGCAAAAGCACUUGUUGGUCCGGAGAAUCCUCCACAGUUCAAAUCCUUUAAUUGGGGAGUUGAUUUUAUGCCACAUUACCUCAGCAAGAAAUCAGUUUACCACGCAUCAUUGGAGCCCUUCAAAAUCGAUGCUUAAGCAUUUGUGUGCCAGAAGGAUCAAGUCUAUGCUGCUACUUUUAAUUUCCACUAAAAUAAGAGCUUUAAUUUACAAUGUCUUUCUAGUUUGUAUCCUACCUUUGUUACCUAUUUCAUGAAUAAGAAUCUUUCUUUCCUA